AUGACACCGGAUCCAGACGCGAUCGCGGAUUGCGUACUUGCGACAUUCGAUCAGCUUCCUGAUAAGCGCAAGCCUAGACCACAAUCCAACGGUGCGCGUGAAUGGGUACCCCUCGCCGGCAUUGUGAUAUCCGAUAAGAAUGGCAAGCUUUCCUGUGUUUCGUUAGGAACCGGCAUGAAAUGCCUUCCCUCCAACAAACUCCAUCUAGCCAAGGGCAACGCCCUCCAUGAUUGGCACGCCGAGGUUCUUGCCAUCCGAGCAUUCAACUGCUUUCUUCUCGAUGAGCUUCUUCUCAUCCUAACCCCUCCACAUCCACCAUCGCAGUACCUCCGCCAAACGACCCCAGAAGAGCGAACAUCGUCCGAAGCCCAGCCCUUCACCCUCCGAGACGACAUCCGCAUCCACAUGUACUGCUCCGAAGCCCCCUGCGGCGACGCCAGCAUGGAGCUCACCAUGUCCCUCCAAGCAGACGCCACGCCCUGGACUUCUCCCAUUUGCACCCGCCCCAAGAUCCCGAAACCCCUCCUCACCGCCCUCCGAGGCCGCUCCCACUUCUCCCACCUCGGCCUCGUCCGCUGCAAGCCCUCCCGCCCCGACGCCCCACCCACCCUCUCCAAAUCCUGCACCGACAAGCUCGCCCUGCACCAAGCGACGUCUCUCCUCUCAGGCCUGACCUCUCUGCUUAUAUCCCCACGGAACGCGUAUUUGCAGACACUGGUGCUGCCAGCCUCGCAGCACGUGCCCUCCGCCUGCGAGCGCGCUUUCUCAUCGUCUGGGCGUAUGGCACCCGCGGUGGAGAAAGCGAGUGCGUGGGACGGCGGAUAUUUGUGGCGUCCCUUCAGUGUGCUGCCUACGAGUCGGGAGUUUGCGUGGAGUAGGAGGAUGGUGCCGACGGAGAUGAAGGCUAUGAGCAGUAAUCUUAGUGCGGUGUGGACGCCUGGGUGGCAGGAGUCGCUGAUAGGUGGCGUGCUGCAGGGGAGAAAGCAGUUUGAUCCGAGGGGUGCGAGUAGAAUUUGUAGGCGAGGCUUGUGGGAGGUUGCGGUGAGGGUUGCGGGAAUCGUAGGUGUGCCUGCUCUCGUGCAGAUGCUGGGGAAGCAAACGUACGCGAAGGUGAAGGAGGGGAGAUGUUGGGGGCGAGGAGGAGGGUUAAGGAGGAUGUGA